GACUGCCGAACCGACUCAUCACGGUUGAGGUAAUUCGGUUGCGAGGUAGCGCUUGUUUACUCACCACCAUAUUCAACGUUGCUUGGUGAGGACGUCCGGCAGACAUUGGUCUUGUCUGCAGGCAGUGCUCCGUAGGAAGUUCUCUUGACCUUGCGACGUAUUUUCCCACCUUCCACUUCAACAUCUUAUCAUGGACCCCCAUGUAGCACGCCUCCUCUCAGAUGCUCAUGAAUACUCCCAAUUAGCUCCCGGUGUGAUCUAUACUCAAUACCAGCAGCUAAUGUCUUCACUUUCCACUUCACUCGAACAAUUCCUUUCCACCAAGACCUUGACACUCUUUCCCACCGAACUACUAUGCACCAUAUUUUCUUACUCCUGCGCCACAGAUCCCCACACGGAUGCGCCGCUACAGGGAAACCUAAUUAUGAUCGCGACGCCGAUGGUCAUUGCGUCGGUCUGCACGCGCUGGCGCGAAAUUGUGCUUGACAUGCCUUCUGCAUGGGCAUGCAUCGACAUCAACUUUAUUCCUCGUCUCGACCGAGGUGGCAAGGAUAGCGAUAAACUCGAAAGACUGGUGGAGAGAUACGCAGAGAGAUCCAAGACUGCUCCUCUUUCCAUCCGCUUACGCUUUCCGCCACCUGUCCCAAGUCGAGAUCCUCGCUCGUCGCACGAACGCAUCCUGCGUCGUCUUUCGAACGUCAUCAUCCCCCUCCUUAUUCCUCAUGCUACGCGAUGGCGACACCUCGCGCUGAACCUCUCUUCCGGCAAUAUUGCGCCUCUUUACACCAUCUUCGACCUCGCUAUCUCCGGCUUUCCAAUGUUGGAGACGCUCACGUUGGAAGACCUUGCUCAGGGCACGAGUAACAUCUGCGAUGGGUUUGCAUCAGCUACAACACUCAAACACAUCCAGUUUAAAGGCGCCGUCCUUCAUCCCUUUUUGUAUUCCUUACUUCCCCGAUUAGGAAAACAACAGGAGGUGAAGACCGUUGUCCUCCAAAGUAUACCCUACAGAAGGCUCAUACCAACAAUUGGUUCUUUGUUCAAUGUGGAGAGGCUCGUGCUACAGGAUAUGCAACCGGACGUGGCAAAUCAGCAAUAUGGGUUCCCGCUCCUGAGGACCAACCUACGCAAUCUUACAAUCGUAUUCGGAGAAAUCAAUGAGGGGAUCGUGUUCUCGACCUUUUUGGCCGCACUUGAAAUGCCAAAGUUACGCACACUGGAGGUGAUCGAACCGUAUCCCAUGAAUAUGAGGACUUUCAUCCCUGAGUGUCUCACGUCGCUUGUCGUCCGUUCCGAAGCGACGGCGACGUUGCGUAAACUUGUUUUGAAGGGCGUCGUGAUGUGGGCGAGCGAACUGGUGAGCCUGUUGGAGGUUGCGCCUUUACUGGAGGAAUUAGUCGUGCAUGAGUCGCGAGAGAGACCGAGGAUAUGGCGUGGAUUCGAAUAUGGAUAUAGUGACGAUAUCGACGAUGCGCCACACCCAAUAUCAGAGAUGUUUUGUCUGCAGUUUUCUGAUGAAGAAGUAGCGCCAAAGUUGAAGGUUUUGGAGCUCAUAUGGUUUUGCGAAUUGGAUGAGACGUCGGUGAUGGAUAUGGUUGAGGUUAGGAAUAAGCUGGAGAGUGUCACUCUUGGCAUGGGACCUUUUGCUCAGACAACUUACGAGCGGAUGAGAUCGCUAACAGAGCGAGGAACGAAAUGCUUUGUAUCGGUAGCGUAGUUUGUCUCUGUACAUAUGUACUACUACGUACUUUCUUGGCGACCAGUGUAGUUACUGUUAUGAAUAUGCUUUAUGAUCAAAAAGGCUGAACUUCCAAAACUUCUGACGUCUUCACGACGAGUAGCUCUUGGCUCCUUAACUCUGCGGCAAGAUAUAUCUUUGUUCCAUUGACGCCUUUCUCCCUAAGCACCUUUGCAAUUUUAUCAUAUUGUAUCCCGUUAUCUUCCUUCCUGAUCUUGCACACCAGAUCUCUCUUCUUCGUGUAGACAAAGAAGUCAUGUUCGCCUGAUAAAGGCUCGAAC